GGAUCAUGUUCGGCAAUUAUUCGUGUUGCAGAGUACAGAAAACUACGAUUUCUUCAGCCUUAACAGGUGGACAGAAAGGAGUCUUAACAACUAAUUAAUACGCGGCCUAAUAUCACGUUAUUUAUAAGCAGAAUGUUGUUUACAGUCGCUCAAUGUCAUACAUCAGCCAUGGCUAGGGACGAGGAAACGAUUAGAAGGUUGUUCAGAUGAGAUGGGAUCAAGAUCGACCCGUGUUGGCGCCUCAACAUCGCUGGCGGCAUCUGCUUAGGCUUAGCUCGUCAUGCAGCCCCACACCAACAUGUACCAUACGCGGCACUAGUGAUCUACGACAAUGGAAAGCUUUAGCAGUAGAAGAAGCCUUGCACUAAUGGUCCUAGUAGAAUAUCGGGACUUAGUGUAACGAGACUCUCCUGAACACCUGAGCGUGUGCAGCUCCCCCUAACACGGAGCGAAACCCAACUCUAGCGUUAAGGAGAAGAAAUGGGAUCCUGAAUCUCUAUUCUAGACGCGUAAUUGGUUCUAAAUCGUGGAUUAUGGUGCGACAAUUCUCGGAACAUAUCAAAGCAUUAGUCUUGACAUGGACUGAUGCUGGGGACAACCUUCUGUUGGUGCCGACUCUACCUCUACGCUCCGCAUGGCAUCAUUGCAAACUCGAGACUUAGGUCAACCCCGCAUUCUCCACAAUCGUCGUGUAGAGUAACGGCCUCGAAAAGAUAAGUAGUCGCGAUUUCCCUUCUGUAAACUUCUUCUUUGCAAGGCAUUCAAUCUUCUUAGUUGCUCCUUCGGAAGCAUCAUUACUGUGAGCGAACGCUCUUGCAAGACACGUGCAAUCAUCACUAAAGGCGAUAUCUCAGUUGAUACGAAGUUUGAGAAGAUAAAAAUCAAUCAUGGCAGACAACCCCAAUAUAGGCGAUGGCGGGAUCCACGAAUCUCAUAGCCCGACUGAGAUGACGGCCGGGGAGUAUAUACACACCCGCUUUACGACGCUCGUCCCCCCCAUGAACAGGGUCCCCAAUCCAUUCCGGCUUCUGGGAAUGGUGAGCGGAAAGCAGUGGCUUUUCUUCUUAGUCGGAUUCACCGCAUGGACUUGGGAUUCCUUCGACUACUUUACUGUCAGUAUGACGAUUCCCGAUCUUGCCAAAACAUUUGGCAAGAACACUACGGACAUCUCCUGGGGCCUCACAGUUACGUUGAUGUUCCGAUCUGUGGGUUCUACUAUCUUUGGUAUUGCUGCAGAUCGAUAUGGUCGCAAAUGGCCGUUUGUUGUUAAUAACAUCCUCUUUAUCGUGCUUGAACUUGCCACCGGGUUUUGCCAGACCUACAAACAAUUCCUUGCCUGCAGAUCACUGUAUGGGAUCGCAAUGGGUGGUCUAUAUGGAAACGCAGCAGCAACAGCUCUAGAAGACUGUCCAGAGGAAGUCCGCGGUAUAUUAUCUGGUAUGCUGCAACAAGGCUGGGCGUUUGGAUACCUUCUCGCCGCAGCCUUUGCUAGAGGUCUGGUUAACACCACGAGCCACGGAUGGCGUCCACUCUACUGGUUUGGUGCCUGCCCUCCAGUUCUAAUCAUCAUUUUCCGACUUUGCCUACCGGAGACCGAUGCAUACAGAGAACGUGAGAUGGUACGAAAGGAGCGUGGUAACAUUGGAGGGACGUUCAUUGCCGAAGGGAAAGUUGCCUUAAAGAAACAUUGGUUGAUAUUGAUAUACUUGGUGCUUCUCAUGGCUGGCAUGAACUUUAUGUCCCACGGCUCCCAAGAUCUCUAUACGGUCCUGCUAAAAAACCAAUAUGGGUUCAGCGCCGACGCCGUCACGAUAAUACAAGUAGUUGCAAAUCUAGGGGCAAUGGCUGGCGGGACUGUCGUCGGAUACUGCUCUCAGAUUUUUGGACGAAGAUUCUCAAUCAUUGUCAUCAGCAUAAUUGGAGGCGCUCUUCUCUAUCCUUACACCUUUACGUCGAGCAAGGCAGUUAUCGCUGCUGCCUUCUUCGAACAAUUCUGUGUACAAGGUGCCUGGGGAGUUAUUCCAAUCCAUCUAAUGGAACUUUCACCUGGCUCUUUCCGUACCUUCGUCGUGGGGACAUCGUACCAGCUGGGCAACCUCGCGUCGUCUGCCUCAGCUACUAUCGAAUCUACUAUCGGGUCUCGCUUCCCACUCCCUUCAGUAGAGGGUAAAGCUAGAUACGAAUAUGGUCUCGUUAUGUGCAUUUUUAUGGGCUGCGUCUACGCUUAUGUUAUUGUGCUGACAUACAUCGGUCCUGAGUACCUAGGGAGGAGCUUUGAGGUCAGAGACGAUUCGGAUCUCUCUGAGGCUACUGGCGCGAGCACUAUUGAAGCUGCACUGGCCAAGAUGCAUCACAGAGACGAAAUCGAAGAGGCCGUUACUGUCGGCGAUACGGAGGAUGCUGAUGCCAACGAGAAAAGAGCUAUCAGUGCUACGCACAUAGCUUAGUAAUAGGCCCCUACAAAUGGGCACAGUCACGGGGCAUCCCUCUUGAGCAGCCAGAGCUUGAACCGUGGACUUCAGAGGCGUCGCGAUAAACUAGGGGCAGAUGCCGCUACGAUGCAGAGUUGUAGCCGCAUUGUGCGUGGACAUUCCAUCGAGUAAGGAAUUGCAGAAUUAGAGAAUUUGGCGAUGACAGAUUAAUCCUUGGUUUUGGCGAUUAUUUCGUACCUGCGAUAGUUUUAGCAACUUCACAAUCUAAACCCAUACUUCUAACCCCGUUUUUUCUUACUAUAAAGGACUGUGAUACGUUCCAAUCGACAUCAUCGUUAUGUUGACCAACUCUACUUCUG